UAGGAUCUUUGGCGGUGCUUUGAAAUUAGAAAAACACUUUUGUGAGACGAUGAGCUAGUCCCGUCUCUCGACAUGCUGAGCAAGAAGCGCCGCCGGGUGGAUCCGCCGUCCAUCCACCCGCGGAACCGCUACUCGGAGAAUCCCCCGGACUUCGCCCUGCUCGGCUCCCUCUGCCCCUCCUUCCAAUCCUUCCUGCUUCCCCCUCGCCGCCCCGGCGGCCGCCCCACCAUCGACUGGUCCGACUUCAACGCCACUCGCGAGCUCACCCGGGUUCUCCUCCUCCACGAUCAUGGCGUGCACUGGUGGAUCCCUGAUGGACAACUUUGCCCUACCGUGCCUAACCGGUCCAAUUACAUUCAUUGGCUUCAGGAUCUGCUGUCUUCUGAUGUCAUUCCACCUAUCCAAAUCUCUGAAGAAAAGGUAAGAGUCUUUGAUAUUGGUACUGGAGCCAAUUGCAUAUAUCCACUCCUUGGGGCGUCUUUGCUUGGGUGGAGCUUUGUUGGGUCAGAUGUGACAAAAAUUGCUUUAGAAUGGGCAAGAAAGAAUGUCCAAAGCAAUCCUCACUUAUCAGAGCUGAUUGAGAUCCGGAAUGCUUGUGAUCCAUCAUCUUCUGGAAAGAUUGAAAAUGAUGUUGUUAGGGGUGAAGAAGCUCUUGAAGGAAGCACACAUAACCCUAAUAUGUGGUCAGGUUGCUGUUCUGAACUGCCUGUACUUGUUGGAGUUAUUAAGGAUGGGGAGAAGUUCGACUUUUGCAUGUGCAACCCUCCAUUUUUUGAGAGUGUAGAGGAAGCAGGUCUCAACCCAAAGACAUCUUGUGGUGGAACCUUUGAGGAGAUGGUUUUCCCUGGUGGAGAGCAAGCUUUUAUUACUCGUAUAAUUGAUGAUAGCCUUCGAUUGAAACAUUCGUUUCGGUGGUUCACAUCAAUGGUUGGGAGAAAAGCAAACUUAAAAUUUCUAGUGUCAAAGCUUCAUGAAGUUGGGGUAUCAGUAGUAAAAACUACCGAGUUUGUUCAAGGUCACACUACUCGGUGGGGUCUUGCUUGGUCUUUUUUGACGCCGGCCAAAAAGUUUAUAGCAUUGCAGACACCCAAGAGGAGCCAUAAUUCUUUCAUGCUUGAGGGACUUCAGCGUCAAGUUGGUGCCUUCCAAGUAUUGAAAUCAGUGGAAUCAUUUUUCCUAGCAGCUGGAGCCUCAUGUAAAUCUGAUCUUUCAUCCUUCUGUGUUAAUGUAACUUUAUUGGAGCAUAUCGGAGAAUUGCAGAAAAAUGACUCAGAUACCAGUGAAAUCACCUCCUCUCCUGCGAUUGAGUCAAACAACUUUCAACAUUCACUAAAAGGACUGCCAUUCCGCAUUUCUGUAUUUCAUCAAGUUCCAGGCACAGUUCUAGUUAGAGCAUCGUCAUUGGAUAAAGAAAGUUCUUCAGGAUCAUUUUUCGUAUUCUUUCAACAGUUGGAGGAUGCUUUAAAGGCGCAAUUCCUCAAGCCCAACACCAAGAACUAAGAACAUUUUUUCCGGUAAUGCAAUUCAUAUUUUUCUUUCAUUUCUUCCUGCUUCAUUUAGUGAAUUGGGGACAAAUUAAGUUAAUGUACUAUAUUUUCUGUCUUAGAAACUUAAGAAGAGUUUUGCUAUAGACGGACCAAUUUUAACUA